AUGUCACACCAUGUCGCGGCUAUUACUGUUGGGGCAAUGACAGCCAUUAUUCUCCCAAGUUGCAACUUGGCGAUCUCCCAGCGAACUUCCAUCUGUCCAAAAGCGGGGACAACAAAGAAAAAAGUGGGAAGAGAGACAGAGCGGAAGAAGCUAUUUGUUCAUGAUCCAGGUGCUGGGGUUCCUGGGUCACAACUGAAAAGUGCUACGUAG